AUGAGGAUGUUCGUAGACGCCUUCAGUAAGCAGGUGUUUGACAGUAAAGAGAGCUUGUCGACUGCGGCGGAGUGCGUCAAGGUAGCUAAAGAGCACUGCAAGCAGCUGAGCGAGAUUGGACUGGAUCUCACCUUCAUCAUUCAUGCCCUUCUGGUGAAGGAUAUCAAAGGUGCUUUGCAGAGCUACAAGGAUAUCAUCAUCGAGGCCACCAAGCACCGCAACUCCGAGGAGAUGUGGAGAAGGAUGAACCUGAUGACUCCAGAGGCGCUGGGGAAGCUCCGGGAGGAGAUGAGGAGCUGCGGGGUGGGCAAUUUUGACCAAUACACAGGUGAUGACUGCUGGGUCAACCUUAGCUAUACGGUAGUGGCUUUCACUAAGCAGACUAUGGCCUUCUUGGAGGAAGCGUUAAAGCUUUACUUCCCAGAGCUGCAUAUGGUGCUUUUGGAGAGUCUGGUGGAAAUCAUCCUGGUGGCCGUCCAGCAUGUUGAUUACAGUUUACGGUGCGAGCAGGACCCUGAGAAGAAAGCGUUCAUUAGGCAGAAUGCAUCCUUCCUGUAUGAAACUGUCCUUCCUGUUGUGGAAAAAAGAUUUGAGGAAGGAGUUGGAAAGCCGGCCAAGCAGCUGCAGGAUCUGAGAAAUGCUUCACGCUUGAUGCGUGUAAAUCCGGAAAGUACCACCUCUGUGGUGUGAAGUGGCCUCACUGUUCUUACGAGCAGGGUGUGAGAGCGCUUGCUGGAAGUGUUGUACAAUGAAUAGAUGAACUAAAUGGGGUUUUUUUUCAGUUUUAAAAAUGCAGAAGUCUAGCUGCUGCGUUCCAGAAGGUGAAGACUUACAAUCAAAGCCUGCAAGGAUGCAAUGCUUUUCCUGGUGGAUGGGGUGUAGGAGAGCGAGAAGUAAUGUCGAGGUCGCGUGUCCUUGGACAGCAGAUCCUGUGAGAAUGGCUUGGGUAGUGUUUAUGACUUGGGGAAAUAUUGUGUCGUACAAUUUUGGGCCAAAUGUUUGUGAAAGUCUUAAACAGAUGUACGUUGUAUGGCAGGAAAAGA